CACCUCGCUCCAGGGCUCUCAGAAGGUUCCUCACCAGGUUCUCCAAAGGGUUCUCCGUGGUGCUCUGGAACGCUCCAUACGCCUCAGGGCCUCAGACCUUCAUGCGUCUCCCAGCGGCAGACUCCACCCACACCUCCACCCACCACACCACCACCACCACCACCACCACCACCACCACGACCAUGAGCUGUGACCGGGAGUUUGGAGACGGGGCCAUGGGCGUCACGCUCACACUGCGGCUGCUCAUGCACGGGAAGGAAGUAGGAAGCAUUAUCGGCAAGAAAGGAGAAACAGUGAAGAGAAUACGAGAAGAGAGCAGCGCCAGGAUCAACAUCUCAGAGGGUUCCUGUCCAGAGAGGAUCAUCACCAUCACAGGGCCGACGGACUGUGUGUUCAGAGCCUUCACCAUGAUCACAUUCAAACUGGAGGAGGACCUGUCGGCCUUGGUGGCUAACGGCACAGUGACCAGUAAACCUCCCGUCACCCUGCGGCUCGUGAUCCCGGCCAGUCAGUGUGGCUCGCUCAUCGGGAAGGGAGGCUCUAAGAUCAAGGAGAUCCGAGAGACGACAGGAGCUCAGGUGCAGGUGGCAGGUGACCUCCUCCCUAACUCCACAGAGCGAGAGGUGACGAUAUCAGGGAGUCAGGACGCCAUCAUCCAGUGUGUGAAGCUCAUCUGCACCGUCAUCUUAGAGUCACCACCGAAGGGAGCGACCAUUCCAUACCGACCCAGCCCGACCCCGGGACCUGUGCUAAUGGCAGGAAACCAGACGUACGCGGUGCAGAGCCACUACGGCGUCCCACACUCUGAGUUGGCAAAACUCCACCAGCUGUCCAUGCAGCAGCAGGGCCUCGCCCCCAUCAGCCAAUCAGCUGCUCAAGGCAUGGAGGCAGGUUGUCCGACCACCUCUCAGGAGCUCCUCAUUCCAAACGACCUGAUUGGCUCCAUCAUCGGGCGUCAGGGCACCAAGAUUAACGAGAUCCGUCAGGUUUCUGGAGCUCAGAUAAAGAUCGGCAGUCAGCUGGACAGCACCAGUGAUCGGCACGUCACCAUCACCGGCACGCCCAUCGCCAUCCACCUGGCCCAGUACCUGAUCACUUCAUGUUUAGAGACGGCCAAAUCCACCACCCAGUCCUCCUCCAUGCCGUCUCCCGUUGACCUGACCAUGAGCUUCACCCAGCCCGCCCCCCCCGCCUCGUCCUCCUCCUCCUCCCCCCUGGCAGCGAUGGGCGCCGCGAUGCCCCCCGCUCCCCUCCUGGGGUCUCCCUACGCCUUCCCCCUCUCCAGCCUCCUGGGAGUGAAGUCCAUCCCCUACCUGGCCCUCUCCAGCCCUCCUGCCUCAGCCAUCGGGGGUCCCUUGUUACCAGGCUCAAUGCAGACGGCAGCGUCGGCAGCCGUCCCGGUGCCGGCUCAUGCGGUGGCGGCCCUGGCGUCCUACACGGCGAAGAUCUCCUCCUCAGCCAACGGGAUGAAGAAGCCGGAGAGACAGAAGUUUGCUCCGUACUGAAGAGGAGAGGAAACGUCACUGAGGUAUCUGGUCUCAGACUGAGGGCAGUUUCAUUUCCCUUCUGUUUCUCCAUCACUCUCUGGUGCACUUUCUCACUCUCUCACUUGUCUUUGUCCCUUUCUUCCAUUUGUCUCGUGUCUCUGUGGAAGUGGGAUCACUGGAAGACGUUUGUCUCUGAUAGAGUCUCAAUGUGAUGGGGGUGCAGGAAGUGAGGCUGUUUCACCAGGUGAUGCUGUUUCCGGCUCAGAGUGACUGAUCCGACCGAACAGCUCAGAGUUCACAUGUGGUUGGUUUGUUGUUGAAGAGCAGCUCCUCUUACUCAGAGAGCAAUCCUUUCACAAUAAAAGCCUCCCUCUGGGUUCCUGGUGGAAGCUUUUAUUGUGAAGCAGCAGAAGAUGAGCCCGACCUGCUCGUCAGCCAGAAAACAAUGAAACUAGGAAAUGUGGAGAAACCAAAGAUUUAAGCGAUGGAAGCAUUCAGGUUUAUUUUUAACUGUAAAAUGACCCAACAGUUAAAAUCUGGUCACAAAACAAUCAGUGGUUUCACGUUUUCUUUGUUAAACUCUCAGAUAUCGGCCUCAGAAACCCUGCAGGGUUCUAAAGGACCUGAACUCUGACUCAUCUGAAACCAACAAACCUCAGAGACUCAGGAUGAAGGCUUUUAGAAACAGAAGAGACGGAUGUGAAGACGUUUACUGUUGUUCUGUGCUCAACACAUUUUAAUGCACACGUGGGGAAAUCUGCUGACCAAUCAGAGCAGACUAUCGGGGGGUGUUGAAGAGACAGUGUUUGAGACAGAGGCUGAGGAGAGGACGCUGAGCAUUAGAGCAUGAACACAUUUCUGAAACCUUCCUGUGAUUUAUUCAACAGGGAAAAUAUACAUUUAGGAGAUAAAAUGUAUUGUUACAUAAAGUUUGACUUUAGUGUUUUAAUCUUUAAGGUCAUUAAAGUUGUGUGUUGUUUUCAUUUAGAGACACAAACUGUCUGUUUGAUUUAAUGAGACAAAUCUAACUCAGUAGAAUCCCAGCUUCCUCUUCCUUCACAUCCCAGUGUUCCACUGAUCCCAGUUCCCACGUCUCACUGAACUCUUUCUUUGUGACGCUGCCCUCGUCUCACGAUCUGAUGAUUCUGAGGUUCCAGGUGAUUUGGGCCACGAAGCCUCUAAAAGCCAUAAAGACUUUUCAGCUUUUCUCCUUUAUUCUACUGUGUCCUCACAUAUUUAUUGACUAAUAUGAAAUAUUCCCUCAGAGAGUUUAUAUCACUGGUCACUAACACUGAGCUGAACGACUCGGCUUUUGUAUACAAUGAUGUCGACUUGUAUAAAACUACUUCCUGUCUGCUUCCUGUCUCUUUUUGAUUUCUUUAGUUUGUUGUAAAGAGUUUUUUAAAACAUACAACAGAUUUUAAAAGUUCUCUUUCUGUGUUAACAGUCUGUUUUUGUUUUCAUUCUCAGUUCUUAAUUUCAAAUGGGUUGUUUAAAUUAUUUGUUUAACUUAUUAAAGGAGUAUUACAUUUACAGUUUUAGAAACAAACUUUUCCAACAUGGCUGCAGGUAAAUACUGUAAAACUGAACUUGUUUUUUUUAGUUGUGUGAACAAAGAAUAAUAACCUGUAUCAUUGAUGCUAAUAACCAGAUGUUGUGUUAGAUAGAAGAGUUGUGUUUUCACUUGUGAGUUCAAACUGGACGUUUUAACACAAACACACACUUUCUGAGCAGGAACUCGUCGUCUCCACCUUCAGCCGCAGAACUAGAAUCAAGUAGAUCCACUUCCUGUCUGCGCAGAGGAAGUGACCAUGUCAUGUGAUGAUCUAACCAUGACCUGGUCAGAUCUGAGCUCGUGAAAAUUAAAACUGUCAAAGUUUUAUUUCCUGGAGAGAAAAUCCAUCAGUCACAAUCUUGAUGAAUAUGUUUUGAACUUUCUAUCGUGUUUUUUUCAAAGUUCUAUCGACGACAAAUCGAUGAGUCAGCAAAGAGACUCGUGUAAAAACAUUUAUGUCACUCGGACUCCAGCGUACUAACCCAGAUAUCAGAUUAAGGUGCCGCCCACACAAGCUCUCAACCAAUCAGGAGUCAGUUGUCAAUCAUCACGUCUCAACCUGUUUCUAUAUUAUCAAAUAAAUGAUUCAAACCAAACUGAUCAGAAACUUGAACAAACAUCAGAGAGAAGAACGACCUGAAAUGAUCUUUGAGAGAAAUAAUUAAAACAUGGAUUUCAUUUAUACUGCAGCCAGCCACCAGAGGGCGAUCAAGAGGCGUUGGCUUCACUAUUAUGGAGCUGAUCAUGUGACUGAUCAUGUGACUGAUCAUGUGACAUGGUUCCCUCGCUGCUGUUUCCUGUGACCGAUGGAGAAUCAGACGUGUUUAUCUACUUGUUGUAGU